AUGAUGGUCAGCUUCGUAUUUUUCGUGCUUCUCGUCAUUUCAUCAGGUAAAUUUUUGAUUUGUUUUGAAAAAUAAUGUUAUCUGAAAUUUUUUCAGUUUUCUGUGACCAAACAUUCGACCGACAAGAUCGCGACUACAGGCCUCUUCAGGUAAGAUUUUUAGAUGAGUUUUAAAUAAUUGUAGUCUGAUGAAGAAUUAUUGAGAAUUAAAAUCAUUUGAAUUUUCUUGUAAACAAUUGAACCAAUUUGCAGUUUGGCAAACGUGACUAUCGUCCAUUGCAGUUUGGUAAGCGAGAAUAUCGGCCACUUCAAUUCGGAAAACGAGAAUAUCGACCACUUCAGUUUGGUAAACGAUCUUCGCUAAUCGUUGAACCAAUUUAUGAAUGA